AUGCUCGGUCCCAGACGUCAGGUUACUUCCUCCAGCCAGCCAGCCAGCCAGACACUCGCAUCCGUUCCCCAGAACGAAGGAUUGAGCGAAACUCGAAGAAGCAAAAAGGAAGCCAAAAAAAAAAAAGUUGAGAAGCCAGCUGGACAACUUUCUUGCAGCUCCUCCUCUCGUUGCUUUUUUUUUUUCGGCUCUUCUGCUUUCUCCUCUUUGGUCACUGCUGCUCCUGUACGGAGUACUGCUGCUGGUGCUGCUGCUUUGCUAUAUUUGUACAAUUGUUGGUUCCAUGGCCCGGCUCGGUUUAGUUCCAUGCAUCCCUCUUCCUCUCGUUGCAUGGUUGCUGCAUCAACUCAUGCAUGCAUGCCACAGCAGAAUCCCCGAAAAGAGCAACCAGGAGAUGGCCCCCAAAGUUCGACAAGCCAGAAAUGGGAGCUCAUUAUUCGUCAGCCUCCAUUCCCAUCCCCUCCCCUUAAGCCCAUGAGCAUUGGCAUCAUAUGCUUAGUGUGGCCACUUAAGCCGCAGGGAUCAAUUCGGUUCCUGUCGACCCCCCCCCCCCAGCACAUCACACGCUGCUUCGACUCGCUCCAGCGAGGGGCAUCCUUGACGAUGGGCCUUCCAAGGUUUCUAUUCUCAGCCCCGCGGUUGGAGAUCAUCGUCAUCGAUUCGAGGUCACAAGAACAAUCCCUCCCUUGCCAGUGCCGAGUCUUGUUGCAGUUUGAGUCCAAGCAGUUUCCAGAGUGA